UAGAUGAAAGCACUGCAUUUGGGAGAAGCUACCUCAUCCUAUACCUCAGAGGAGAUGUGACAGGAGAAGGUGAGACAGAAAACAUUUUUUUGGAUUUGAUUUAGCUGGAGGAAGGAACAACUGCUGAUGCCAUAUACAAAGCUCUCAAAAAGAGUCUCCUGGAAGCUGACCUGGAUGAUGCAUACCUCAAGUCUCAUCUGAUUUGCAUAACAACAGAUGGGGCAUCUGUGAUGACUGGAAGACAGAGUGGUCUUAUCACAAGGCUGAAAAAAGACUAUCCUUUGCUGGAGAGUAUCCACUGUCUUGCUCACAGGCUUGAAUUAUCAGUAAGUGAUGCACUUAAGUCAGUCACAGGUUGCAAUCACUUUGAGAUAUUUAUUUCAAAGCUGUAUACACUGUACCAUCAAUCCCCAAAGAAUGCCAGACAACAUUCAGAGGCAGCUUCUCAAGUUAACAUCUGCCCACUUAAGAUUGGUCACAUUUUUACCAUCCGCUGGGUAGCAAGUAGUUUUGUGACUUUACAAGCUGUUUGGAGAGACUUCCCUGCUCUGGUUGCACAAAUGAAAAAAAGAGCUGAAGAUGGAUCUCGCUCUGAUAUAGAAAGAAAAAAAUUCAGUGGCUUUCUGAAUCGCCUCACAUGCACUGGCUUUGUUAAUGACCUGGCAACCAUUAAAGAUGUGCUACGUGAACUUCACAGUCUGUCCCUAAAACUUCAGAACAGAAGCACUUCUCUUAUGGAGGCCACACGAGAAAUAAAGAUGACAAUUGAGGUGUUGAAGGCUUUCAAGAUCACCCCAGGGAAGUCAAUGGAGAAAGCAGCGGAAGCUGUUCAAGUAGGAGAAUUCAAACAAGUGCCCUUACGUUCAAGCAAGGAAAAUGUAAAUAGAUUCCUAUUCCUCCAAGCCAUCAUCGACAGUCUCUCUUCACGAAUGCCUGACACAAAUCUUAGAAAGAUUAUAACACCACUGGAUCCCCUAAACUGGCCAAAAUCCAGGGAGUCUCUUAAUCUUUUUGGGGAGAAAGAGAUCCACGACCUGGCAAAGAUGCUUGAAGUACCAAGUAGGGAGGCAGUUGAGGACUUCAGAAAUUGGAAGCUCAACAAUGAUCAGAAUGGGAAGGUCCUCAAAAAGUUGUUGACUGCUAGCAAAACAUACCUGGCAAGUUCUUCUGAAUGUGAAAGAGGCUUCUCUGUCCUCAAUGCCACUGCCACAGAUGCAAGGAAUCGCCUUCAAGUCAGGAGCCUCUCUGCAGUACUUUUCAUUGACAUUAAUGGCCCCCCUCUCAAGAUGUUUGACGCUUACCCGUACAUUCAGUCUUGGCUUAGGGAGAAACAUUGUCUGUCAACUGGCAGUAAAACAGGGAGACGAGACAAAUCUGCUGAGAAAAUCAGGCCACUGUGGGUUGUUCUAAACACCAGUGAAUGAAGCAAUGCUGGCACUUUCUUUAAAAGUAAUGUUGUGCUUACCAUUGUUUUUGCUUA